CUUUGUUGGUUUUAAAAAUACAUUGAUAAUGGGUAAAGAUAAUUUGCUGACAACAUUGCAAUCUUCCUGCCAUUUGCCAACAAAUCUGCCUACAUUUUUUUUUCUGCCAUUAUGUGCCAUUGUAAAAUGGAUCUGGGCAAAGGGUGCUGAUAAAACACAGUUUUCUUCUUAAUUUAUAUAGAACAAUCACAAAAUUAGAUUCCAAAAUGAGCGUCUUUAAAUCAGCCAUGGGCUAUUUUAGCUCAGGAGGCGCUAACGGUGGCAGUGAUAAUGAUUUUGUUGGUCAGUUUGUUGAAAUAGGAAAUAUGAAAUUGAGAGUUAAAAAGGUGAUCGCAGAAGGUGGUUUUGCUUUUGUGUUUGUUGCUCAAGAUGUAUCGACUGGCACAGAAUAUGCCUUGAAAAGGCUCAUGGCGGCCGAUGAACAGGCUAAUAAAAACAUUAUUCAAGAAAUUAGCAUAUUAAAAAAGUUAUCGGGUCAUCCUAAUAUAAUCAAGUAUAUAGCAGCAUCUUUUAUUGAUAAGUCGAAGACUUCACACGGGAUGGGAGAGUAUUUAUUGUUGACGGACCUGUGCAGUGGGGGUAGCUUGAUGGAAGCUCUCCAGAACAGGGGGCAGGCUUUCCCCCUUCCAACUAUACUUAGGGUGUUCUACCAGACAUGCCGGGCGGUGCAACACAUGCAUGCCCAGGUCCCCCCUAUCGCACAUCGUGAUCUCAAACUAGAAAAUUUCUUAAUAUCCAAUGAAGGUACCAUAAAAUUAUGUGAUUUUGGCUCAGCCACAACAGAUAUUUAUACUCCAAAUCCUUCUUGGAGUGCAAAUCAAAGGAACAUGUUAGAAGAAACGUUGGCCCAAUUCACCACUCCUAUGUACAGAGCACCAGAAAUGUUAGACACUUGGGACAAUCGCAAAAUUGAUCACAGUGUAGACGUUUGGGCCCUAGGAUGCAUUCUCUAUACACUGUGCUAUAUGCAACAUCCAUUUGAGGAUUCAGCUAAACUUGCAAUUCUAAAUGGAAACUAUAAUCUUAACCCCAAUGAUCAACGCUAUAAAUGUUUUCAUGAGGUUAUAAGUGGUUGCCUAACAGUGAACCCCGAGGAGCGCUUGACAAUAAGUAGUGUGCUGGAGCGGUUGGCGGCGAUAGCGGAGUCCAAUAAUGUCAAUCUCAAGCAACCACUCAAAUUUGAGCGUAAAAAAGUUGAACAAUCUGUGGCCACUAGCUCGCCAGCGAGCAAAGAGCCCGUGGCGAACAGCCAGGAGGUGCCGAACUCCCGCCCUCCGGAGCCGGCUCGUCCCCCGCCCCCCGCGCGUCCGCCUGCCGCGCCUCACUACCAACCUCCUUUGCCGCCAACUCCUGCGAACUCUGGCGGACUUUUCUCGUCUAUUAAAGGAGGUGCUGGCAGCUUCCUUAAGAAUUUGAAGGAUACCUCUUCGAAGGUUAUGCAAACUGUACAACAGUCAAUAGCUAGAACAGAUUUGGAUAUUAGCUACAUUACUAGUCGUAUAAUUGUGAUGCCUUAUCCUUCGGAGGGCUUAGAAAGCGCUUACAAAACUAACCAUAUUGAUGAUGUUAGGGCAUACUUAGAAAGUCGUCACCCCGGCGGUAAAUACAGCAUCUACGUGGCUUGCAAGGGCUGUCGUCUAUCGUUCCCUCGUCACGUGCCGGUAACGGAUGCCGGUCGAGCUCUGUGGCCGACGCCGGCGCAUCGCGCGCCAAUGUUGGCGCCAAUGUAUGCGUUGUUGCAACAUAUGUACCAAUAUUUGGGGAAGGAUGAGAGACAGGCUGCUGUUAUUACUUGUCAGGACGGCAAGCAAAUGUCCUGCAUGCUAGUAUGCGGGCUACUCCUAUACGCGAAACUAGUGACGGUGCCAGAAGACGCGCUGCAAAUGUUCGCGGUGAAACGAUCGCCGAUCAACAUACCGCCUAGCCAUCUGAGAUAUCUGUACUAUCUCUCUAAUAUUAUUAGACCAGAACCAAUUCUCCCGCACUUCCGACCAGUGAGUCUCGUAUCUCUCACGAUACAACCAGUGCCACUGUUCACUAAGGCUCGCGACGGCUGCCGGCCGUACAUAGAGAUAUACAAUGAGGAUAGAAUGCUCCUGUCUACGCUGCAGGACUAUGAUAGACUGCAUUUGUACACCAUGGCUGAGGGGAAAGUAACCCUCCCUCUAGACACGACAGUGGUAGGCGACGUGGCGGUGUGCGUGUACCACGCGCGGCAGCAGCUCGGCCGCGUGCACUCCGUGCCGGUGCUGUCGCUGCACUUCCACACCGGCUUCCUGCCGCCUGAACACCAUCAUAUCAAGUUCAACAGGUCUGAAAUCGACGGUAUAGAUGACUCGUUACCCGUAAACGAUCACUUCUCAAACAACACCACUGCGAUAAUAAGCUUAGUGGUACAAAACGGGGAGCGUCGGAAGCCUCGCUCCGAUCUAUGGGAGGAAGACCAUUCCUUCCCUAUCAGGACUCCCGAUGUACUGUUCUCCACUAACCUGGAGAGAGAUGAGACUAUUGAUAACUUUGCGAAUCUCCGCAAGAAUCCUGCCGGAGUACCAAAAACAAUGACAGCCGACUACCCGGCACGCGAACCAGAGCCACCAACUCGGCCUUCACGUCCGUCCCGGCCAGCUCCCCCCUCCCCCGUACCACCUACCCGGCCUCCUCCCCCUACUCAGACCCAACCUGACCCGGUCCCUACCGAAAAUACUGCAGACUUCCUAAACCUCAACUCCAGUGCUCCUCAAGAACCGAAGCCGGAGAAAAAGUUGAAAAGCGAAGACUCUUUUGACUUCUUCGGAAUGAUGGAGAAGCAGACCGAUGAUGGGUUCGGUGAUUUCCUCAGUGUUAAUAAGGGGGAGAAAGCUCAGGCAUUUACAUCGGAGUCCAUAUUCGGCGACCUUCCCGCACCGCCUACGGAGACGGCCGAGGUGAAGACUAACGUGAACUCCAGCGACCCGCUCAACUUUGACCCGUUCGGUCUCAACGAUCCAUUGCCUAAGAUAGAACCGCUGCUUACACCACAACUUAUACAGGAAGAAGGUCGUUCUCAAAGCGUGCCUCUUGACCGUGCUCAACCGGGCACCACACAGAAGGCGGACCCCUUCGCGUCGCUCGGCACGCUAGCAGGCGCGGUGCCCACAGCAGCGGCCACGCUGAGCGCGGCGCCCAGUGCCGCGGGAACUCCGCGCGCGUCUCCCGCUCAUACGCCGGCACAUAUGCCGCAUACGCCACAACAUCAGCCUGAUUACAACCGUGCUCACUUCGAACCAGGAAAGACUCCAGCUGACGACAAACCUCGGAAGCCGAUGGAUGUAUUCGGUGAUCUCCUGGGUAGCCAAGGUUACGACUUCGCGGCCAAGAGGGACACUGGCCCCAAGACCAUGAACGCCAUGAGAAAGGAAGAAAUGGUGAAGGAUAUGGACCCGGAAAAAUUGAAAAUUCAUGAAUGGACGGAGGGCAAGAAGGCGAACAUCCGCGCUCUCCUAUGCUCGUUACACACGGUAGUGUGGGACGACUGUCGCUGGACACGCUGCGACAUGUCGCAACUCGUCACGCCCGCUGACGUCAAGCGGAACUACAGGAAGGCCUGUCUCGCUGUGCAUCCUGAUAAGCAAAUGGGCACAUCCAACGAGAACAUAGCAAAAAUGAUCUUCAUGGAACUGAAUAACGCGUGGAGCGACUUCGAGAACGACGCCAAACAACAAAACUUGUUCCAGUCCUAAUUGUAAUGGCAGCUAACAUUACCACUAUACACGGAGUAGUGAAUACUAUGGAGUACUCACUCGCAUGGUUCCCUCUAUAUUCCCUGAACAUUCGAGAGAGAAUAAUGACACGUUCGCAGUCAUAAACACUCCAUCUGUUCAUUACUCCGUUACAAACGACACUAAUCCAGUAUGAUAAUAGCAAAAUUAUGUUUAUUUAGAUAGACCCAGCUAACGGCGUGUAUUCAGAAAGCAAGUUGGAAAUAUAAGAAUCUAAACGCUUCACGCGGAUUUGUCUUACCGCUAGAGUUAACGGGAAAUCGCUAAGUAAGUUUAAAUUAGAAUUGUGAUAAAUUCUUGAAUAGUUUAUUGAAUCAGAUGUUAAUACUUUGUGGAUAUGCAUCUUAUAUUGAUAUUUGGACGUAGCCCCAAUUAAUAAAGGCUUUUUAGUAGAUCUUUGAAAUGUCUCGUAUUGAAAAUAUUUAUUGCAUUAUGUAUCAUAUAAAUGUUGUCGAUUUAAAUCCAGUUUUGCAGAAAGGUUCUGUGUUCCAAACACUAGAUGUAGAGUAUUAUUUUGUGUGGGACAACAUUAUUUUUUUAUUUAGUCAGUUUCACUUUCAAUCCAAUUUUAAGUAUUAGAAUUUCAUACACGAUUGCGAAUGGUUCUGAUUAGCAAUCUAUGCAAUACCAAAACAUUCGUGAUAUUAAUCAUCUUUACAGUAUUGACUCGUAUCUGAUUUCGUCAGAUUUAUGAUCGCACAAGAUACAUAGAUCACAUCCCUAUCAUAUUUAAUUCGAUCUCUCGCCUGCUAAUUAGGGCGAUUUUUUAAAGAACUGGUUCACAUAAAAUCCUAUCAUUGUUGCUUACAUGAACAUCCUAUAAGGCAAUGUGAGUAUUUGGUGUGCACCAGUCUUUACGAGCCAUUUGAAACGAGAUAUUCAUAUAGACGUUUCAUUCGUUUGUCUUGUCUUCCGAUUGUAUUUCAUUAGAUACCGUAGCAGUAGUAACCGAUGCAAUAUAAUAAUAAUUACUUCUCAAUUUAUUUACUGCAUUAAUUACCAUACCAUUAGUAAUGGCGCCUAUUUUAAUUGUUCUUAACUCCGUAGGUGUCAUUGCUAAGUUACCAUCCUGUGCCACUAAAUUGCAGUUAAAACAACGAUAUAAUAAUCAUUUCACAAGAAAACAUUGUAUGUUAUUGAAUCAUACCUAUUUUUAGUUCGAUUAGCAGAAAUAAAUAAUAUACGGAUCAGGAUCACGGCAAGAGCAUAGAUUAUUUUAUAGAUUUAUUCAACAAUAAUAAUUAUUUUUUGUGGGCGUUACUUAAUAGUCUUUAGUGUUGUAUUUUAGUACACUCACGUAAAUAAUAAUAUAGAACAAAGUGUAUUUUAGAUAUUAAAUAUCACAAGAGGUAAAAUGUAUGAAAUGAAAAUUAAAGUUACAGUUUAUUAUGGUUAAGAAAUUUAUUCUUUGACUCGAAGUUAUCUACUAUAGAAUUAUGCUUUGUCUAUCUGUGAGAAGAAUAAAUGUAUCUUCUCUACGAUUUCGCUUCCUUAUGUUUCUACUAUAUGGCGUAGUUUAUACGGGGAGCUAUUCAGGAAUGCAAAGCUGUUAAAAACGCUACGCAUCAUGAUUCCUGAACUGAGAUAUAAUGUUAUUUUAUUAAUUUUAUUGCUUCUGUUAUGUAUACGACGUCGAAUUCGGAUAUUUACUGCGUGUACCGUUAGUCGCAGAAAUCUAAUCUUAUGAUACCAAUGUACAAGGUAAAACAAAGGAAAGUCGUGCAAUUAUGUAUAUCAACACAAACGGGUCACUGGUACAUGAAAUCUAAUCAACUCUGAGGUCAGUUAUUCUAUUUAAUUUUCCUGGGUUUUAAGACUCGUGUUUUUAGAUAUUAAUGAAUUAGUUCUCUGAGAGCUUACGAUAAUGUUAAGUUUAUACAUUCCUAUUUGAAUAAGUGUAGUCGGAAGUCCAUUAUCGGUAAAUAAUUGUGGAUGAUAAUUAAUUGAUGUGAACUUAAAAUCUUAUAUUGUUUAGAAUCUUCUGUCUUAUGAAAUUAUUUUUAUCAGUAUUCGAUGUUAGUAAGAGGCUUUUGUUUUUCCGACUUUACAAAUCGUGCAAUAGUUCAUUUUGGAAUCUUAAUUUUUAUACAAACGGAUGUAGCUAGGCCUAUAACAAGUCGAAUUUUUUGUUGCAUUAUGGCAUAGGGCCAAUGAAUAGACAUACAUGUCACCAGUAUCGUGUAUAUUUUGCUUAGAUAACCUAUGUCUAAAUAACAAAUCUGUUCGAAAAUAAAGUAAUUUGAAAAGCAA